AAGUGCCACAGUGAUUCAUUUUUAUACCUGUUAGCCAGAGGUAACUGCAGUAUUUGCUUCUUGUUCAUCACAAACAACAUGCUGCCCGUCCUUUUUCUCCUUUUUAUUUCGUUUGAGGGUACAGUUAUAGCCCAAAACAAGACUACGAGUUCACCGACAACUCCAAUGACUCAAAAAGAAACAUUUCCUCCUCUAUGGGUGAUGGCCACGCCGGACUACCCGGUUGCAGCAGGACAAAAAGUCAGCCUAUACUGUAGCAGUUCCAUAAUAUCAGGGACUGGGACUUGGUCAUGGGAACGCCUGCGAAAUCAGAGCUGGGAAAAACAGGGAGGGAACAGUAGGGAACUGAUCCUGACCAAGCCAGAGCAAAGUGGGGAGUACCGCUGCUGUUCUUCAGUUGUCAACUGCGCAAACCAAACCCACACAGUUUACAUCAUUUCAACACAAACCACGGUGGGAGAGAAUUUAGGAAUAGCAGCCUUCGUCUUUUCUUUUCUGAUCUUGAUCAUCAUCAUCGCUGCUUUUAUUUUUUUCUGGCUGGGCUUCCAAAGGACUAGUGGAACGGUGACCACCUCCAGCACUCCAGCAGUUAAAGAUGUUCCUGGACCUGAAAUUACAUCAACGGGAGAUCUUCCACAGCCUGACACAGACGUGUACAUAAACUACACUAACCAAGGCUACGCCGAUGUGGAACCCUCCAACGCGACCUGGGAGGGUGUGUACUCAAGUCUCUCGUGAAAGGAGAUCGAGACAUGCAGUGAAAAGUGGACUGACUA